GCGGGGAGUGCACAGCGGGCGGCGGUGGCCGGGGAGGCCCGGGAGGCCGCGGUGCGGUCACUGCUAGCCGAGCCGAGCCGCGCCGAUCGCCCUCCGGCCCCGGCUCCCGCGCGCGAUCCCGGCCGGCGGCGCGGCCCGGCGGGCCCGGCAGCGCCGCAGCCCAUGGAGCUCGAGAACAUCGUAGCGAACACGGUGCUUCUCAAGGCCCGGGAAGGUGGUGGCGGGAAUCGCAAAGGUAAAAGCAAGAAAUGGCGACAGAUGCUGCAGUUCCCCCAUAUCAGCCAGUGUGAAGAGCUGAGGCUCAGCCUUGAGCGUGACUACCAUAGCUUGUGUGAGCGGCAGCCUAUUGGGCGCCUACUGUUCCGAGAGUUCUGUGCAACGAGGCCUGAGCUUAUGCGCUGCAUUGCCUUCCUGGAUGGGGUGGCCGAGUAUGAAGUGACCCCUGAUGAGAAGCGGAAGGCGUGUGGGCGGCGGCUAAUGCAGAAUUUUCUGAGCCACACGGGUCCUGACCUUAUCCCUGAGGUCCCCUGGCAACUGGUGACUAACUGCACCCAGCAGCUGGAGCAGGGGCCCUGCAAAGACCUCUUCCAGGAGCUCACCCGGCUGACCCAUGAGUACCUGAGCAUGGCCCCUUUUGCCGACUACCUCGACAGCAUCUACUUCAACCGUUUCCUGCAGUGGAAGUGGCUGGAAAGGCAGCCAGUGACCAAAAAUACCUUCAGGCAGUACCGAGUUCUGGGCAAAGGUGGCUUUGGAGAGGUGUGUGCCUGCCAGGUGCGGGCAACAGGCAAAAUGUACGCUUGCAAGAAGCUGGAGAAGAAGCGGAUUAAGAAGCGGAAAGGGGAGGCCAUGGCACUCAAUGAGAAGCAGAUCCUGGAGAAAGUGAACAGUAGGUUUGUAGUGAGCUUGGCCUAUGCCUAUGAGACCAAGGAUGCGCUGUGCCUGGUGCUGACGCUGAUGAACGGAGGUGACCUUAAGUUCCACAUUUACCACAUGGGCCAGGCUGGCUUCCCUGAGGCACGGGCCAUCUUCUACGCCGCGGAGAUCUGCUGUGGCCUGGAGGACCUGCACCGGGAGCGCAUCGUGUACAGGGACCUGAAGCCAGAGAACAUCCUGUUGGAUGACCACGGUCACAUCCGCAUCUCUGACUUGGGGCUGGCUGUGCAUGUGCCUGAGGGCCAGACCAUCAAAGGCCGCGUGGGCACCGUGGGCUACAUGGCUCCAGAGGUGGUGAAGAAUGAACGGUACAUGUUCAGUCCAGACUGGUGGGCGCUAGGCUGCCUCCUGUACGAGAUGAUUGCAGGCCAGUCGCCUUUCCAGCAGAGGAAGAAGAAGAUCAAGCGGGAGGAGGUGGAGCGGCUGGUGAAGGAGGUGUCUGAGGAGUACUCUGAGCGCUUUUCCCCACAGGCCCGCUCGCUCUGCUCCCAGCUCCUCUGCAAGGACCCUGCUGAGCGCCUGGGGUGUCGUGGGGGUGGUGCCCGCGAGGUGAAGGAGCACGCCCUCUUCAAGAAGCUGAACUUCAAGCGGCUGGGAGCUGGCAUGCAGGAGCCACCCUUCAAGCCUGAUCCCCAGGCCAUUUACUGCAAGGAUGUUCUGGACAUUGAACAAUUUUCCACGGUUAAGGGUGUGGAGCUAGAACCCACUGACCAGGACUUCUAUCAGAAGUUUGCCACGGGCAGUGUGCCCAUCCCCUGGCAGAAUGAGAUGGUGGAGACUGAAUGCUUCCAGGAGCUGAAUGUUUUCGGGCUGGAUGGCUCGGUUCCCCCAGACCUAGAUUGGAAGGGCCAGCCGCCUGCACCCCCCAAGAAAGGGCUGCUACAGAGACUCUUCAGUCGCCAGAGGUGAGCAGUGUGGGCUCCCCAUGGGUUGGCCUCGCUGCCUAGCCUCGGGGAGCCACAGGCAGCCCUUCCAUGGCAGAGGCAAGAUGUGGGCGAAAGAAGUCUGGUGCCCGCUCCUUCCCAACCCCCCACCCCCGCUUCCGUUACCUGCACCCUGGCACCUUCAAGCUGCUGGCCUUGCUUAGCCAUCUGCCUCCCCGUGCCCUGCCUCCACCAGCCCAGGGGAGAGGAGCUGAAUGGAGCUUUGCCCUGGCAGAGCCUGGGAUCCUCCUGGUCUCCCUUACUUAAGUCUGUUCCCAGCAGCCUCUGCACUGAUGUCCACAUGUGUCUGGCUUGAGCUACUGUUUUAGGCCCCUCAUGGGGACCCCAUCCUUAAAGCAUGGUCCCGGGCAGCUCCCAGCCUGCCCUGGCAGGGCCAGCCCAGGUGACAGCACUGGUGGCUAAUGGCACGUGCUCUGCCUCUCUCCCUCCGUGUCUUCCCCACCCCUCCAGGAUUGCUGUGGGAACUGCAGCGACAGUGAGGAAGAGCUCCCUACCCGCCUCGAGCUCCCCACCCGCCUCUAGCCCCAAGCCCGAGGCCUCCACCAGCGGUUGGCGGUAGCAGCUAUCAGAGCGCUGUUUACAGUUUUGCACAGUGGUCUUCCCCAUUGUCCAUUCAAGUCGUGGCCUGGGGAAUACAGCCGGAGCUGUCCCCAGUGUCCUCUGCCCCUCAGCCUCUGGUCUGGCUGGGUUUGGCAAGGCCUGGGUUGUCCCUGGGACAAAGGUGCGUCCCUUCAGCUCUUGUCUGUGGAGCUCGGGGCUUUCUGUAUUUAUGUAUUUGUAUGAAUGUAUAUAGCAACUGGAGUAUUCUUAAGAUCCACCCUGGAGCUGGCAGAGGGGCCACUGCCAAACUCAAGGCUCCUCUGGCCUAGCUUGGAUGGGCCAAAGCUGGGCCAGGCCAGGCCGGGCCUCUGACCCCCAGCACUGUGCUCAGCACCACUGACUUCCAAGUGAGACUUGUGCCUGCUCUUGCUGCCCUGGGCUCAGGCCACCGCCUCUGGGGUCCGAUGCUACCCUUCUCAGCACUUGUCAGAACUGGAUCUGGGGCCUCUGUAUCCCCUAGGCCUUUGCCAAAGUGUGACCCAAGAUUGGGCUGAUCCUGGGACCCCUCAGUCCACUGCCUAGGCUGUCCUAGACAGGUCUGCCUCUGCCUUCCAGCUCCCAGGGCACCUCAUUCCUUGUGUUGGGCCCUGUCCUGAGACACCUCUUGUAGAAACACCUGAGUCCAGGCCAUGGGAAGGGGAAGGUGUUCCUGGCCAACCCUCAAAACAUUCCAGACUCCCCUCAUAACAAUACAUAUGUGCCCAGCAAUAAUCUGCCCCUCCCUGUGUGUGCCCGUGGGGUGUGUGCAUGUGCGUGCGUGCGUGUGUGUGUGUGCGUGCGUGCGUGCGUACGUGUGUGUGUGUGUAGGCUGAGGCUUUGUGCCUGUGCCCCAGGCCCCAGCCCUGACUCUUUCCAGACUGUGAUGGCCAUCCUGAUCCCAGUGUGUAGGGUAGCAUGGGAUAUGGGAUUACAGGGCCCUGGUUUUCCAUAUUUAAAGCCAAUUUUUAUUACUCAUUUUGUCCAGUGUAAGCUGCCACGUGUCUCUGUGUGAAUACAGUCCGAGGACAAACCUG